AUCCAAAAAGGGAAAAAAAAGAGGGGGGGGAACGGGAGGGGAAAGGGGACAGCAUAUAGAGAUUGUGGAUAGAAGAUUAGAAAUGCGAUUUAAAAAAUGCAGGUGGAAGGAAAGAGGAUGGAGAUAUGGCGGAUGAAGGGGUGGAGGGAAAAUAUGGAGGAUGGAAGAUGGAUGCUGAAAGAUGGAGUGGUGGAAGAUGGAAGGAGGAAGGAGGAAGGGGAAAGGAUGGAAGGAGGAUUGCUGGAAAGUUGAGGGACGGAGAAAUGGCAGACAGAUGGAUGGACGAAGCGGGAAGGGGGAUGGAGGCACGAAGGUGGGAGGCCAACGAUAGGGCCGCCGCCGCGGCCAAGGAACGUAAUCGGCUCGAACAAGAGGAGGAGGCCAAGCGACAGAAGGAGGAACAGGACCGACUUCGUCAAGAAGAGGCAGACCUGCAGGCGGCAGCCGAACACCGGUCACGCCAGCGGGAACGACUGUUCACGCGGGAGACCGUGAUCGGCGAUGAGGCCGCACAUUGGGUGGAAGUGACAUCUGCAGAUGGGGCCCCGGAGACUGAGAAAGGGCCGUCAGCCCUUGCGCAGGUCUCCCACGACCUCGUGGCCACCUGCGCUCUGCAGCAGGAGGAAAUCCUUCACCUGCAACAGACAGUGGACCAGAUGCUCGCACGGCUGCAGGCGUUGGAGAAACAGCCAGCUGCUGUAGCAGCCACAGGGCCUUCCACCCUUACCACCCGUGUGCAAGUUUUGGAGGAUGACGUCAGCAACAUCAAGCGUGUGCAUCAGGACUUCCGGACGUCGCAGCAAGCAACGAACUUGCAGUUGGAGACGCAGGUCCAGGCUGCUGCCACCGUGACGCCCGCUGCCGCAUCCUCCCGGCGCCCACCCAAGCUGGAUGACAUUCCCGUCUUCUGCGAUCAGUUCAAGAUGGAACCGAUCCCGUGGUGGCGCCAGUUUACUCUCAGGCUCGACAUGCACCAUGUCCCGAACAACGAUCGACAUCCAUGCUUGUACCACCGAUCUGGUGGUGCGUGUCAAGCAUGGCUGGACAACAUCUUGACCAGCCACGGCGUAGUAGUGUCGGAACUGCACACCAAGCUCACUUGGCAGGAGUUGACCGACGCCUGGCGCAAGCGAUUCCAAGUGGAGCCGCCCGACCUGCAAGCGAUGGACAACCUCAACAAGCUCCAUCAGAACACGGUGCUCAGUCAGGACUGGAUUACCGAGUUCCAAAGACUUGCCUCCACACCUGACCUGUCGCUCGCAUUCCGCGCCAUCAAGCACUUGUUUAUCAUGCGCUCGUGUCCAGCUCUGCAAAACGCGCUGACGCAGAUUGCAGAGACACUCGACACAUCUGACAAGCUUUUCAGCACAGCGUGACGGAUCAUUCUCACGAAUAUCGAAGCCCACAACGCCGGUCGAUCUUCCGCGACGACGAGCGGCACCCAGCCCAAGCCAA